GCAAGGUGCCCCAGCUGCAGCAUUUAGAUAUGGAAUUGAGGUUUUAUGUAUUAAUUAAUUAUCAAGUGUUCCGAAGAGCUGUUUAACUUGAUUCCUGCCGCCGAAUUCCACCUUCGUACGACACGACACAAAUUAGGAUAUCAUCCCUACCUACCAUCUGGAUGUGUGGCGUUCGUCCACAGUGCGGUUUUCAAGGAAUUUUUCUUCCACGUACAACCAAGCUGUGGAAUGAGCUUCCUUGUGCAGUGUUACCAGGACGAUACGACAUGGGUACUGUUACGGGGCGAGUCAGGAGUUCGCUUAAAAAAACAUAUUUUAUUCAAACUGUCAAAUAUAUAUCAUAAGAAAUUAAUAAAUAAUAGUUUUGAAAAAACUAAAAAACACGCUUUUUAUAAAAAACUGAAGUAACAAAGAGAAAAUAAAAUUUAAUAAAUUUGAUUUAAGAAUAGUGUUAAAAAUUUUGAUGAAUAUAAAUUAAUAAUAGUGUAAAUGAGAAACAAUAUGAUUUAUUUAAAAAAAAGCGUGGAGUGAUAUAAGGAAAUAUUAGAUAAUUGUUUAAAGAUAAUUUAAAAUAAACAUCAAUUCCUGCCUCAUCGACGAUAGAUGAAAAUUAUAUAAAUUAACAAAAAUCUCAUUUUACAAUUGGAAUAAUUUAAAAAUAAUGUUUCAAAUUAAUGUAUUGUCAUCGGUCCUCGAAAAAUCUACGAAGUUUGAACGAAAUCUGGCCGUUUAAUGUGGGUCAAAAUCGCACCCAAAUUAGGCUUGUAUUUCCAGUAAGAAGCGUGGAUAGUAGUUUGUACAUUCUCCGCGCCUCUGGGCCCCACGGGCCAAGUGUAUCGACACCAAACGGCACAAAAAUAUAUGUCUCACUGAGAUCGACAUCAACAGGAGCCCCAUCACUAACUGACCGAACUUGUAUUCAUAAGGUGUAUUAAUAUUAGAGUGACUGAAAUAAAAACUCUUUUCAGACGGAACCUCACAGCACCGCUGACUCCCGAUGGCUGGGAUCGCUGUUCCAUGUACGACGCUAACUGGACCCACGUGCUGAUCCACCUCACUGUACCACCAGACACAAACAUUGUCCCCUGCAAGUAUGGUUGGGAGUUCGAGUUAGAUGAUAUUCCCUACCAGACUAUAGUCAGUGAGCGGGGCUGGGUUUGUGAACACGCCAGCAACAUUCCCCUGGCACAGUCAAUAUUCUUUGUCGGUUCUCUAUUUCGAGGCAUCUUUUUUGGCUGGAUGGCGGACCGCUAUGGCAGAGUACCAGCAAUUGUGGGCUCCAAUAUCAUGGCAAUGGCUGGAGGAAUUGGCACCAUUUACACGAGUGGCCUGUGGGACUUCAUAAUAUGCAGGUUUCUUGUGGGAACUUCUUUUGAUAGCUGUUUCAUGAUCAUUUAUAUUUUAGUACUAGAAUAUAUCGGGACUAGUCAUCGUUCGCUGAUAGCCAACACCUCGUUGGCUUUAUACUAUGGUGGAGCUAGUGUGGUUCUGCCCUGGAUAGCGAUAUGGAUCUCAGACUGGAGGAAACUGCUGUGGUAUACCAAUCUUCCAAUCUUACUCGUGGUCAUAGUGCCUUUUACGAUACCAGAAAGUGCUCGAUGGCUGUCCUCUCGUGGCCAAACAAUCAAAGCAGUUAAAGUAAUGCGACGCUUCGAAAAAGUCAACGGUACAAAGAUUCCGGAAGAUAUUCUUAACAGAUUCAUAAUGUCAUCAAAUCAACCUCGAAAUACAGACGAAUCUCUUAUCACCGUGUUCAGGAGUGCUCCACUUCGAAAGAUGGUGAUAAUACUGAUGUUAGCGUUCACAUUCAGUGAGCUCAUCAUUGACGGGCUGGUCAGGAUGUCUGAAGAUUUGGGACUUGACUUCUUCGUGACGUUCACCGUGGCAUCAGCUACUGAAAUACCCUCAAUCCUUUUAGUUGCGUUUCUUCUUGACAGACUGGGACGGAUUAGUAUGAGCGGUGGACCUGCUUUAACAGCUGGAUGUCUCAUAUUAAUAGCGGCGUUUAUCCCUAAAGGAGUAGCCCUGGUAUCGGUAACCACCAUCGCGCGCUUUAUGGUGAACAUGUCAGUUACUGCAAUGAUGCAGUGGUGCAUGGAGCUUUUGCCCACGCCGGUGCGAGCAUCUGGUAGCUCAGUCAUCCAUGUACUGGCAUUUGCAGCAACGACAAUCUCUCCGUAUGUUGUAUUCUCCGGUAAACUCUGCCGUUUGCUACCAUUCUUCAUAUUAAGCUGUAUAGGAUUACUGGCGGGAACUAUGACGUUACUGCUACCAGAAACAAAAGGAAUGCCUAUGCCCCAGACUAUUGCUGAAGGAGAGAAACUUGCAAUAAAAAACACUUUAUGCGGGAAACACCAAGAUUCUGAAGACGAUAUUCCGUUACACGUAAGAAAGUCCAGUGUUCGGUAAUGUUACCGUCUUCGUGAAAUGCUUCCUCAAUAUGUCAUUGUUAAGGCUGGGGACCGAGCCAACGACCUUGAGGAAUCUCGCACAAGAUCGCCAUAGUUUUAAUUCAGAAUUAGAAGCAAUUCAUAUUUAUUACAAACAUAAUACAAUUUUCUUUACAAAA